CUCUGGCAAAAAGGGAGUGAACGAGGAUAGGAGAGGCAGAGGGGCAGAGGUUCAAGUGCGGGUUUUUCUCCUUGAACCUAGAAGAUUAUGGGUCAAGAGCUGUGUGCAAAGACUAUACAGCCUGGAUGCAGCUGUUAUCACCGUGCCGAGGGAGGCGAGGCACACAGCUGUCGGAGGAGUCAGCCUGAGACGAUGGAGGCUGCGUCCGAGCUAACAGACCUAAAAGAAGCAUCAUAUUCCAUGACUUCAUUUCACCCCCGGGGACUUCAGGCUGUCCGUGCCCAGAAGUUCAAGAGUAAAAGGCCACGGAGUAACAGUGAUUCUUUUCAGGAAGAGGAUCUGAGGCAGGGUUUUCAGUGGAGGAAGAACCUUCCUUUUGGGGCAGCCUCAUCUUACUUGAACUUGGAGAAGCUGGGUGAAGGUUCUUAUGCCACAGUCUACAAGGGGAUUAGCAGAAUAAAUGGACAACUAGUGGCUUUAAAAGUCAUCAGCAUGAAUGCAGAGGAAGGAGUCCCAUUUACAGCUAUCCGAGAAGCUUCUCUCCUGAAGGGUUUGAAACAUGCCAAUGUUGUGCUCCUACAUGACAUAAUCCACACUAAAGAGACACUGACGUUUGUUUUUGAAUACAUGCACACAGACCUGGCCCAGUAUAUGUCUCAGCAUCCAGGAGGGCUUCAUCCUCACAAUGUCAGACUUUUCAUGUUUCAACUUUUGCGGGGCCUGGCAUACAUCCACCACCAACACGUUCUUCACAGAGACCUGAAACCUCAGAACUUACUCAUCAGUCACCUGGGAGAGCUCAAACUGGCUGAUUUUGGUCUUGCUCGAGCCAAGUCCAUUCCCAGCCAAACAUACUCUUCAGAAGUUGUAACCCUCUGGUACCGGCCUCCUGAUGCUUUGCUGGGAGCCACUGAAUAUUCCUCUGAGCUGGACAUAUGGGGUGCAGGCUGCAUCUUUAUUGAAAUGUUCCAGGGUCAACCUUUAUUUCCUGGGGUUUCCAACAUCCUUGAACAGCUGGAAAAGAUCUGGGAGGUAUUGGGAGUCCCUACAGAAGAUACCUGGCCUGGAGUCUCCAAGCUACCUAACUACAAUCCAGAAUGGUUCCCGCUGCCGAAGCCUCAAAGCCUUCAGAUUGUCUGGAACAGGCUGGGCAGAGUUCCUGAAGCUGAAGACCUGGCCUCGCAAAUGCUGAGAGGCUUUCCCCGAGACCGCGUCUCUGCCCAGGAGGCACUUGUGCACGAUUACUUCAGCGCCCUGCCGUCGCAGCUGCACCAGCUUCCUGAUGCUCGAAGCAGCUGCGAUAAUUAUGCUGUCAGAUUCAGUAAGCUAAUGAGGAGUCACCAGAGUGGAAGGUUUUGCAUUUGUGAGGUUGCUGAAGGAGAGCCACUCUACAGCUUUUUCCGUUCUUUUUCUUUCUUUUUCCCCCUCCUUUUUCUUUUUCUUUUUCUAUGAGUUGGGAAGGAGAGUCUGGCAGUCCACGACCAGAUUGGAAUCCUUUUGAUUAACUCGUUGCCUUCCCAGCAUGUUCUGCCAGAUAAUGUGUCUUUCUUUCUCUUUCUCUCUCUCUCCCUCCCUCCCUGCUUUUGAGGAGCUGCUGCUUUUGAGGGGCAAGGAAGCCUGAGGGAAAUCCCAGCUUUUCAUGCCACUGUCCCCAAGGCAAGAGGAUCCUUCUCCCUGAGAGAAGUUCCCAAAAUGGUUUGGAUUUGUGUUGAUUUGAGAGUAAUCUGUAAAGUGCACAUUCUGUUUAUUUUAGCUGUUUAACUGCUUAUGAUAUGAUGAGAGCUAAAAGAAAGUAGAAUAUGAAAUUGCAUAUCAGAAUGUCCAUGUAAAAAUCUCUUAUGUAUAUCAAGUGAUACAACGACCCCCCCUUUCCAGCCUAGCCAAUAUGUAAUUCCAAGCCCAGGAAGUUGGGACCACAGUUUACCUAGCAUCUGAGGCAGAAGUCUAGGGCAAGCAAGGCAGAACCGGCACUGAAGGUUUAUUUCUUCCCUUUGGGUGUGACUAGCUUCUAGCAAACAAUAUUAUUAAGGCAUUUUAGGCUUUUGGUGCAACAAAGAUAGAAGCUUCUCUUUUUGUUAAAUUGUGAGAUAUUUUGAGCAACCUGGGUUUGUGCAGAUUGUAAGCACUGGAAAAGCAAUGCCCAAGUGGAAGGAUGCCCUGAGCAAGUUUUGUGGAUGUGCUUUGGUGACAAUGUGGCCGCUGCUGCCUCUUGAUGUUUUUCUUAGACAUCUAUGCUAAUACUUGUAACAAUGCCUACUAUUUAUUGAAAAUAUAUUGUAUAUCAGGAACUA